AUGGCUACACAGCAUAUCCUCAUCACAGGCGCAGGAGGCUUCAUCGGCCAAGAGAUCCUCGCUCCUCUACUGGACUCCAAUCCAAACAUCCACCUCACAAUAACCGAUCUCUCAACACCACCGGUUCCAGAAGCAUACAACUCCCGCAUCACCUCUCUCAGCGCAGAUCUCACUUCUCCAGACGUCGCAGAACAACUCGUCACAUCGCAGCGCUUCGAGGCCGUGUAUCUUCUCCACGGUCUCAUGUCAGGCGGUUCAGAAGCGAAUCUCGAUCUAGGUCUUAAAGUCAACGUCGAUUCAGUACGCUAUGUGCUCGACGCAUUGAGGACUAAACUGCCCGGUGUUAAAGUUGUUUUCUCAAGUUCUUGUGCGGUUUAUGGACCGGAUGAGGGGUAUGUUACCGAAAAGACUCUUCCGCAGCCAAAGUCUUCUUAUGGAGCUGAGAAACUCAUCGCGGAAUUGCUGGUGAAUGACUUUUCGAGGAGAGGGUUGAUUGAUGGGCGAAUUGUGAGACUCCCUACUGUGGUAGUAAGACCAGGCAAGCCAUCAGCCGCAGCAUCAAGUUUUGCGUCCGGAAUAGUACGGGAAUCUCUGCAAGGCAUUCCCAACGUACUUCCCGUCCCGAAAAACAUCUCCAUGUGGAUCUGCAGUCCUGCGACGGUUAUUCAGAACCUCAUUACGAUCAAGGAUAUACCCGCUGAGAAAUUUGGGGACUCGAGAAUUGUGAAUUUGCCGGGUAUUACAGUUUCUGUCCAAGAUAUUCUUGACGCCGUUGAGAAAGUCGGCGGGAAGGAGGCGGUUAGGUAUGUGAAGGAGGAGGAAGAUGAGGCGCUGUAUAAGAUUGUUAAGAGCUGGCCUCCGUGGUUUGAUGCUACUCGCGCCAAGGGACUUGGAUUGAAGGAGGAUGGGGAGUUGGUUGAUGCUGUUAAGGCUUUUCAGGAGAGACUCAAGGCUUAG